AUGCCAGAACUCAAGUUUAAUGCCAGUAGGUUCAAUAUUGAAGCCAAUCAAUCCAAUCGACCCAAUCGACCCAAUCAAGCCAAUAGAGCCAAUCAAGCGGAUGAAAACGAACCUUCCUCAUAUGAGACUACUUCCAAGGGACUCAUGAAUACUCAAUUCUACCAUGUCUAUCAACGAGCCAACAGAUAUCCUCCUUUAGACACUCACUCUGGAGAGAAGAUUCUAUUUUGUGACUCUUAUCCGUUGAUUAAUGCCUCUAUCCUCAUUAGUAACAGACAUAUCUAUGUGUAUUCGGCCAAUAAUGACGACUUCAGCUCCUAUACGCUCAAAUUCGAAUAUACAAAGAAUGAAUUUGGAAUUCUACCGCAGGUUCAGCUUAUCACCAACUUGGCAACUCCUUCUCAACCGGAUUUGAUUAUUGUUGAUUGUAUCACAGGUAUCGUCAGAUAUAUUGAAGCUCUAAAAUUGAUUCCUUCUCUAAGUAUUCUACAGAAUGAACAUACCUUACAAUUAAAGCUUUCCCGAGGAGAACUCUUUACUUUGACUGAAUAUAAUGAAGAUGUCGGACUUGUGUUGGCUACCAACUAUAGAAAGGUGAUCUGUGUAUCUCUAAAGGAUCAAUUUGGAAGAAUUCAGUUAAGUCAAGACGAGAUCAUUCCUUCUCAGGUUUCCUUUAAGUUUCUAAGGAUGUUAUCUUACAAUAUAGAGACCUAUGAUGAUAGUAACAAGAUUAUGGCCCUUCGAUUUGAACACAAAAGCUCUCUUUUGACUCGAUUGUUUGUUCUAGAAGAGCAAGGAACAGUUCAUCUAGUUGAUUUUGUUAAGGGAACUGGUCAUCACAUUUCUGCGAAGACUAAUUUAACUGAAUUGAUGCUUCCACAGGUUUCUGAUCCUAAGGCUUUACUCUCUUUGAAGCUUAAAGAUGUCGGAUCUCUUGGUAACGACAAAUUCUUGGUUCUUAUAUCCCAGAAUGAUGGUUCAAUGAGUCUUGUUGUUGUUAAAUUUGAUUCAGAUCUUAUUGUUGAGUCUCAAUAUCAUCUUAAAAGCGUCCAAUCGACUGAUGUCUAUCCCAGGUUAUAUAUUCUCUUUGAUUCUAAGGUGUCCUUCAUUCUCGUUGACCAUCGUCUGAUCUUCUCAGAUACUGCUGAUCUAUCCGAUACCUCUACUUGGGAGGACUUUGUUUCUUUGAACCCUGAGGUGGAAAUUUAUGGUGCUUCUUCCUUACCUGAGGGUGGUGAAAACAGGUCUAUGUGUAUAAUGACAAGCGAUGGAGUUAUUCACAUUGAUGUUUUGGCUCCAGGUGAAAGAAAGACCGCCCAACAGUUUCUAAAGAAUCGUAUUGAAGAAUAUCUGCAGUUUGAAAGUGCAGAAUUGUCUGUUAACUUUGAUAUGGCUCAAUCUUCGUAUGAUAUUCGUCAGAAUGAGAUUGAAGGUGCCAUUUUGGAUAUUUCUGAUGAGAUUCUCACCAAUAAGUCGUCCCUUCUACAAUCGUAUCUUGUUAUUUCGGAUAAUUUGAAGCGGAGAUUUGAGCUUAUGAAGAAAUUGGCUCAGUAUAUUUCUGAGAACUUUAUCGUUGCUGAUAGUUAUAAGAUGGUGGUGGUCAACAAUACCGAGAGGCUAGGAUUGGCCUCUUAUUUCUAUGAUUUCCUUGCCGAAAAUGACGAUCUGACUACGUCUGUUGAUUCUCUUUUACAAUCUGACAAAUACAGAAGCUCUAUGAAUCUAUUCUUUUCACAGGAUGCCAGUAGAAUCGUUGACCUUCUUCAAGACUUUAUUUCUACAACUUUUUUGGAGCAAAUAGGUAACGAAGCAUCGCUUUCUAAGUUGGCAACUGUCCUUAACGAGCUGUUGAAUGCUGCAUACAUUGCUCCGGAAAGGGAUGUGAAGGGAGAACUUCUUAAUAUUCAAUACGACAUCAACGUUAAAGCCAAGCCGAUUUUUUUUGAUCACAUCAGAUUCUUAAAAGAUAUUAACGGAAUGAUUCGAAAGCUUGCGUUGAGUUAUGCCUCGCAGUUGGAUAAUGAUAUAGACACCGAGAUCAAGACUGCUGUUAGUAAAGCUAUUUUAGGCUUGUCUCCAUUUUUGUAUUACAGCUGUAAUGAUUUGUUGCAGUAUGCUGAGUGUCAGGGGGACGAUCAAACUACUGCUAAGCACAACCUUGAAGAAUUUUACAAUGCCAACAGAAAACACUGGAUCGACAUAUUUAUUCUUCUCAGAAAGCAGAAUGAAAUCAUCAAGUUUGUCGAAGGAUUCGACGAUCUUCAAAGUCUAAGUGAGCUACUUGAGAGUGAAAGAGAAGCUGUUGAAACCAUAUCUUCUCAGAACGCUUUGGACCCCAUUGAAAUUGAAAACAUGAGCGCUGCCGUCGAGCAUAAGUUUGAUGUGUGUUUCCAGAAGUAUCAAUACAGCUUUGCCGAGAAGUUAUUUGCAUUAUAUGUUCAUUCUAAUAAGGUGGAUCUUCUUCUCACUCGUUUUUUCAAGUAUUCAGACUACUUGAGUCAGUUUCUCAAUGGUGAUUUGUCCCACUAUAAGUUCUCCUGGAUACUUUCUAUUCAAAAUGAUAAUUUUGAUGAAGCAUCUAGCAAAUUACUCAAGUAUACAGAUAAUUCUGACCAGGAGAACAUUGAGAACAAGAAACUACAGCUUAACAUUGCAAAGCUUUCUCUUAUAGCGGAAAAUCAAGUCAAUCCAGACCAAUUAUGUGACAUAGAGUCUCAGUUAGAUGUUUUGAGUCUACAGGAGAAAUAUGAAGAUGUCCUUCUAUCUAGAUUUCACUCCCUAGAUCAAGAUUCUGCUACUACUCUAUUGAAGGAAUCCCGUUACUUGUCUUCGAAUUUGAGUUUAUUGACAAGGAAAGUUUUCCAUCUAAUAGUGGAUAAACUGGGCCAUAAGAUUCAACUGUCAUUGUCCGAACUCACUGACUUUCUCACUUUGGAAGACUUUUCCGUUGUUAACUGUGAUCCGUUUGAUGACAUAUUUAAGUUAUUGUCCAAUAUUUUGCACGUGACCAAGUCCCAUUCAACUGUCCUAAUUGGGAAAACGUUUUCGGAGAGGCAGAUUCAGAUUCUCUUGGCUCUUGCUUUUAAGAGGUUGAUUCUCACUGAUGAUUGGACAGCCCUUAAACAGGGUAAAGACCUCGAACAGAGCAAAUUUUUAAAGGUCUUGGCCAACUUGUCAUCCUACAAUAUCGGUCUUCCAAAGUCUAUCGAUCAGUUGUACAUUUCGAAGGAUGACCUCAAAUGUUUAGGUCUCGAUCGAACCUUGUUUAGCGACUACUUUAAAGAGAACGAUCUACUUGAACAUCUAGAUGAGCAGGUAAAUUUGAUGAAAUGGCUCAGUCUGCACUAA